CAGCCCGGGCAGGCUGGAACCAUGCUUUUCCUCUGGGCACUGGCGUUUGUUCUAGUCCUGCACGAGCAAGACCCUUUAGCUGCUGCUGAUCCUGUCACUAUGGCACCUGGAAGUUUGGAAAGAGGAACCUGGUGUAAUGAACACAUGCUCCACGAACGCUUAGAUAUUAUUGAAGAGAAGGUAAUAAAAACAGUGGAGCACCUAGAAUCAGAAGUCAAAUCGCUCCUCAACAUCAUCAGUGAGACAACACUGAACAUCCCCACCGUUCCAGGAACUCCACUUAUAGACGUUUUUGAUGGUCAGUAUCUCGUCAGGUAUAACCUAAAUUGAAAAAGGGGUUACAUAUGUUAUUAUUAAAUAUGCCAUAUUUUCUCUCUAAAGAUGUGAACUAAUUCAGCUCAGAGUAGGUAAGGCCUUAGAACUGGGGGCCUCAGGAUCCCAACUGCAGGUCCAGUUUGGAAAAUCAGAUUUCAACAACCUCUAAGGAG